AUGGCAGCAUCUGGCGAGGCGUGGAAACAACGAUUGCAGUUGGUUUGGCGAGACGCGGUGGCUUUUGGCGAGGCGUGGAAACGACGGGAAGUCUUUGGUUUGUCAGCAUCUGGUGAGGCGUCGCGGCAUCUGGCGAGGCGUGGCACAACAACGUUUGGCGAGACAUGGAAAAGAAGAUUCAGCUUUGGUUUGUCGGCGUCACAAAACCCCUNCAAGAAUGUUGGUGCAGAUCUUGUAAAGCAGGUCGCGAGUGCAACUAAUACAGCCGCUGGAGAUGCUACAACUUGUGCAACUGUCCUAACCCAGACAAUACUAACAGAAGGCUACAACUCUGUAGUUGCUGGUGUAAAUGUGAUGGAUUUACGCAGUGGUAUUAACAUGGCAGUUGAUGCAGUCAUAUCUGACUUAAAAGUCAAAGCGCAAAUGAUUAGUACCCCAAAAGAGAUUACACAAGUUGCCACUAUCUCUGCAAAUGGUGAACUUGAGAUUGGAGAAUUGAUAGCAAGAGCAAUAGAAAAAGUUGGAAAGGAAGGAGUGAUUACUGUUGCUGAUGGAAAUACUUUGGAUAACGUAUUGGAAGUGGUGGAGGGAAUGAAGCUCGGACGAGGCUAUGUAUCUCCAUAUUUUAUUACUGAUCCAAAGACAGAAUUGUGUAAGUUUCAGAUCUUUGAACUUGAAAAUCCCUACAUUCUCAUUCAUUUCAAGAAGAUAUUAGACAUGAACUCACUUGUGAGAAUAUUGGAGCUGGCUCUAAUGAAAAACAGAGAACUCCUUGUUGUGGCUGAGGAUGUGGAAAGUGAUGCACUAGCUACGUUCAUUCUCAACAAGCUUCAUGCUGGUGUUAAGGUCUGUGUUAUUAAAGCUCCUGGUUCUGGGGAGAACAGACGAACAAAUCUAGAUGCUGCUAUUCUAACUGGUGGAGAGGUUAUCUUUGAAGAUCAUGGUCUAACUCUCGAUAAAGUCAAAGUAGAAAUGCUUGGCACUACAAGAAAGGUCACUGUCUUUGUUGAUGACACUAUCAUUCUGUAUGGUGGUGGGGAUAUGAAGUUGAUCGAAGAGAGAUGCGAGCAGGAUACAUCAUCUGCUGUUGCACGAGCUGGUCCUGGAUCAUCUGCAUCAACCAGCUCUCAGUCCUUAAAUAAUUCUUCAAGUUCUACAGUGGCUGCAUCUUCAACUAGUAAAGUUGGUCCAAGUUCAUGGAUGCACACUGUCUCAUCUUUUACCGUUCCACCAGGAUUAUCUGGAGCUCCAGGGACACUAGGCCGUCUUGGAGUAGUGCCAUCCCCACUGGAGAAUGCUUCAUCAGCAAUUAUGGAUUCAAACUCUUCUGCAGUAUGGAGACCCUGUCUGUCAACUGCUCCUGCUCCAUCAAACCAAGCAAUUCAGCAUCCAAUAUACCCUACCCAUCCAUCCUUACCUCCUAUAAGUGGUUCCUCUCAGAGACACUGGUUGCAGCACCCAAAGACGGGUGUCAUGCCUAGGCCGCCUUUUUCGUCAUAUCCUGCUGCUUAUCCUACUCCCUUUCUUUUGCUGACACGUGGCAUACCUCAUCUUUCUGUUGCAUCAAAUGAUUCUUUACCUCCUGGUGUUUCUUCUACGGAAAAUGUUGGUGCAACUCCCACAUUUUCUGCUGCUUCGGGGCAACAAGUGGUAGGCGCUUCAGCAAUGCAGACAGAACCACCUUCAGGAAUUGGUACGCUCAGGGUUUAUGCUAGAUUACUGAUCAGCUAG